CAGACUUUCCAUCGCCGGACCGUUCCAUCUAUCUUUGUAUAUACACGCAGUGCCAAAAGGCCUUAUACCAUCCCCUAUAAUGACCUCCCGUUCACGAUCUUUGGGAGCCAUCUUUUCUGAGCCUGGAUUUGCCGAGGUCUUGGAGGCCAUAUUCGACAGGCUCAUCCUGCGAGAUACUCUUGCUCUCAUUCUCGUGAACAGAAACACGCGCAAUGUCUUCAAGUCCUCGUCCCAUCUCCAAUACACCCAUCUCUGCCGAAAACAUUCUUCUCUGCCCCGACCCCCCUCAGCAGCUGCUUCUAGACAUCCAUCAUCAGCGAAACUGAUCGAAGAGCUGGCAGAACGCGAGCGUCGUCUGGAGGAAAUCACCCCCGUGGGCUCCUCGACUUACCGCCUGUCUUCUCGGGUUAUCGCUUUCGAGCAGGGCCUUAUUGUGGCCGAAUGCGAUACCAAAGCACCGCCUCUCGGCUUUGAAGAUCCCCCUCCUGAGUAUAUGGAUCCAACAGGCUGGGAGAUUAUCAGGGUGCCGAAUGCAGAACUGGAUAAGGAUUCGGAGAUGCGGGGCGGGAUCAAGAGGCAGGAUCAUUGGACGUGGAGGACGGAUUAUGGGGGAUAUUGCGAGGCAGUGGCUUGUGUAGAGGACAACGUCGCUAUGGUCAUCAAGCAGUGGUUUCACGGCGAGACCUUGUCCCGGGUCGAAUUCUUCUUCUACCAGCUCCUUCCUUCCCUCGGUACCCCUCCCCCAGAAGACGGCAACUUUGAUCCCAUUAUCCACCCCGAUGCGAGGCUUCCCUGCAUCCAAGUCGUGCUUCCCGCAGCUUGGCCCCAGUCCGCAGAACUCAGUCAUUACAAGCUAUGCCCAGAGGGACGGCUAGCGGUGCAGUUCGAAGCCGGAAGAGACUUGUACCAGAAACAUCCCUCAGGGAGGGGUCGGAAUGACUUGAUGAACAAGGAGAUAUUUGCGGUGAUCUGGGACUGGAAAGCUGGUGUCUGUCUUGGACAAGUACCUCUCUUCCCCGACAUAUCCACCGACUUUAGUGGUAUCUAUCCCGUGGGACCAUUCUGCGUCACGGCGACCCAUCGCAAAGUCUCGUCUCUCAAGCAUCCUGAGCUUUACGAAUCAGUCGUCCGACCCUAUACCAGCUUUUCGACCGAGGCCGAUGAAGACGGCUAUCUCACCCAGUUCUCACUCGACUUCCACACCUUGUUACCCUUGCCCUUGGCUUUUCCCCCAGAACGCCACAGCCAGGAUUCGACAGGAACUGAGCCGCAUACGUGGCGCGCGGGGUACAUUCCCUAUUGCCUACCAUUGGUCUCAUUCGACUUGCCUUUCGAGGCGUCGGCAGAGUUUGGGACGGAUGUUUACAGCAUCUGGAAAGACUUUUAUGUCGUGGGAGCGCGGUAUAAGAAAGAGCUGCAUAACGGCGACCUGAAAGGCUUGCUGUUGUUCACGUGUCAUUCGGUGGAUGCGCCGACGAAUGUCGUCGACCUUAACUUUGUUCUGCGACAUCUGACAAAGAGGCUUGUGGAGCAAGCUCAGGCGUGCCUUUCCGGCGCCGGGCUUCCUCUCCCUCUCUUGUCGGUGCUUGCGAUGCCCACAAGCACUCCAGAUGUCUCUCUCUUAACCCGCGUCGAGCAGACAGAAUGGGCAUCUUCCGUCUUGACCAUGUCAACCUACGCCAACAAUCUCAAUAUGCGCGGCGUCUGGUCGCCGUCCUCCGUCAUCCACAGCCAGAUGCCCGACCUAGUUCCCUAUCUUCCAGAGAUGUCCCAUAUCAAGCUGGAGGACUAUCCCGGCACGGCCGAAAUCAGACCGGCAUCCAUGGAGGGCUGCAAUCCUUUCUCCGGGGUGUUCGGCGCGAGAGAGGUGAAGGUGAUUGAGCUGGGGCUUGAGAUGGAGGGCACGGGAGCGAUAUUCGUGUUCACCAACUACGGCGGGGAUGCGGCUCGUGGCAAGCCGUACGCAGUACCAAGACCCGACGACCCGCAAGAUUUCUCUACGACCCUAUUCCACCAGUCCUUUGGCCCGAAAGACAACCCCAAUAGCAUUACGCUCAACCUGUCGUACGACGAAGAGAUGGAAGCUCUCUCCGCUGAGGAAUUGGGCAUGGUCCUUCCCCAGGGAACGCCAUGUCUGCCACAGAAGAGCAAGACGGCAAUGAUGUGGUUGGAAAGAGAGGGGAGAUGGGCAUAUGACCCCGCAGAUUGGGAACACCCGGCGUUUGUGAGGUUUGACGGGAGUAGUGUGAUUUACGAUCAGACUUCGGUGAGUGUUGGUAGGGGAACAUACGAUGCUGAUAGACUGGCAGCCUUCACUGUUGCAUAUCCUCAGGUUUUAGACCGCUAUGCUCCGGAGGACGGCGAUGAUCAGGUUCGUCAGUUGCAAGUUUGCGGGCCUCAGGACUUUUGGAGGAUUUAGAGGAAGCAACAGAGCACCUGUCCUCCUUCCCCUUGUCUUCUACUCCUGACAGUCGUCUGCAUUCGGAAGAACAUGCGUUGGGCUCUUCGGCGGGCAAGGCAUCGUCCACAGGUCCGUAACCCUCAAUCCUUGGUCGCCUCCAACAUCCGUCACCGCCAUCAUGUCACUCUAUCAACUAUCUCAUCCAUCCCUUACAGCCCACUUCGGCUUCGAGGCUAUCUGAACGGCGGCGCCAAAGCCAUGUCAGAGCAGCAAGCGAUGGACGAACAUCGUUGUGGGGACGGUAACUCGUAUCUCCAUAAGGACAAACCCUUGGUUGGCAUGACUUUCGUAUCUGGAUCUACAGGAAUGCAUGGAGCUUUGAACGUUCUCUUUUGGUCGAACAGGUCGACGUUGUCAAAGAGCCCUGAUAUCUUGACAAAGACUUUGGCGGCUUGCGCGAUUCUUUUGGGAUACGUCACUCCUUAACCAGUAUCUCAUACAAUCUCCGUAGCCCCUGCCUUGGGUCAGACCUAAAGCGUAGCAGUGGAAUGAUGCUCGAGGGAGAGGAAAAGAGGACGGAGAGGUGCUGUCAUGGCUGAGACCGGGGAGGGUUGAGUGAGUGGGACAUGACGAGAGCACCGACUCGAGGAACGAAGGUCUCGACGUGUCACCGCCGGAGUCUCUUCUACAAUGGUUUGGCAAACUACUCGCCUGCCGAAACUGGUGGCUGACGAUGGCCAGAAGAGAAGCCUCCACCCUUGCGGCGAGGCCCGAUCAACACCG